GGAGGGACGGGAGCGGGGCCGCGGGGGCUGUCCCGGCCCGGGGCGGCGGGAGGCCGGGCUGAGGGGCGGCUGUGACCGCCCUGGUGUCCCUGCCCGUGGCGGGGGUUGGAGCUGGAUCAUCGAAAGAAGUGCCAGAGUGUGGUUUCUCCUUUCUUUCCCCUGGUGGCUCGCAGACCCCCACUCUGUGUGUUGUCCUGUGCAGACAGCGCUGUAUCGAAAUGGCCGAUGACAAUGAAGACCUGCAGGCAGAUGAAGAGCUCCCGGCUCCAGCUGAGGAUGGCUUUGAGCAGCUGGAGAACGACAGCCCCGCGGAGCGCAGCGGGCACGUGGCCGUCACCGAUGGGCACUGCAUGUACGUCUGGGGAGGCUAUAAGAAUGCCCAAGUGAGGGGAUUUUAUGACUUCUACCUGCCUAGAGACGAAAUAUGGAUCUACAACAUGGAAACUGGAAGAUGGAAGAAGAGUAAGACCGAGGGAGAUGUUCCGCCCUCCAUGUCUGGGAGCUGUGCCGUGUGUGUGGACAGAGUGGUGUACCUCUUCGGAGGGCACCACGCGCGUGGCAACACCAACAAGUUCUACAUGUUAAACUCCAGAUACACGGACAAGGUGCUGCAGUGGGUCAGGGUGGAAUGCCAGGGGGUGCCCCCUUCGUCAAAGGACAAACUCGGCGUCUGGGUUUACAAAAACAAGCUAAUAUUUUUUGGAGGCUAUGGCUAUUUUCCUGAAGGGAAACAACGGGGAACUUUUGAAUUUGAUGAAACCUCCUUUUGGAAUUCAGGUCUUCCGAGAGGGUGGAACGACCACGUGCACGUUCUGGACACUGAAACAUUUACUUGGAGCCAGCCUAUAACUACGGGUAAAACUCCAUCACCGCGAGCGGCUCACGCCUGUGCCACUGUUGGGAACAGAGGAUACGUGUUUGGCGGCAGAUACAGAGAGUCCAGAAUGAACGAUCUCUACUACCUGAAUCUGGAUACGUGGGAGUGGAAUGAAAUAAUCGCGCAGGGCCUCUGCCCAGUGGGCCGGUCGUGGCAUUCCUUAACACCGAUUUCUUCAGAUCACCUUUUUCUCUUUGGAGGCUUCACCACAGACAAGCAGCCAUUAAGUGAUGCUUGGAUUUAUUGUAUCAGCAAGAAUGAGUGGAUACCAUUUGAGCAUAACUACGCUGAAAAACCAAGGUUGUGGCAUACGGCUUGUGCCAGCGAGGAGGGCGAGGUGAUCGUCUUCGGGGGCUGUGCCAACAACUUGCUCGCCCAUUCUAAAGCUGCUCACAGCAAUGAAAUCCUGGUGUUCUCCCUCCAACCAAGAUCUCUGGUAAGGCUGUGCCUCGAAGCUGUCAUCUGCUUCAAGGAGAUGCUGGCCAGUUCCUGGAAUUGCCUCCCCAAGCACCUGCUGCACAGCGUCAACCAGCGGUUUGGAAGUAACAACACCUCGGGCUCCUGAGCCCUCGCUGACCGAGCUGCGCACAGCCGAGCAGCUCAGAGAAGAUGUAACAAUCAUACUGAGUGUGGCAAACGUUAACUUGUAUAGGUUAAAGCUCUGUGUUGGUGUUGGUAGUCGCUUCCUGCCGUUGUGUUGCAUGUGAAUGGCCUAGAGAGAACCUAUUUUUGUGUAAAGAUGUUUGCAAUAAAUGUAUUUAAUGCAAGUGGAGCUGCAUCCCGUGCUUAAGCCGAAGCUUGGUCUGGGUUUAUUGUUUGGGGGAUGGACUGGAUGAGCUGUAAAGGUCCCUUCCAACCCAAAGCAUUCUAUGAUUUGUCUGCCUUGGCAUAUGUGAGGGCCACCGUCAGUGAGAGGAUGGGCUGUGCCUGUUGGGAUGUACGUGUGGAGGCCCUGGCCAUGGACCUGGCACCUCUGGCUGUGCAGGAAGCACGAAGGCACAGCAGGACUAGUAGAGGAGUGCUGCUGCUAGAAGAUAGUGAUUGUUUAGUCUGGAACCUAAUCAGUCCAACUGUUUAGUUAAGUUGUUUAGCUGUAAGAAUGAAUGACAGAACUGUGGCGUAACCCAGCAGAACCUGCUCAGCAUCAGCAUUUGUGAAGAAGCUGUGAAGGUUCCACCUCGAUAAGAUGAACUUGUGCAGAAUUUCACUCAGCUACACCCACCCAAGAAGGCUCAGAGCGGGUUCAAGGCAGGAGGAGGCUACAACCAGCUGCAAACCUUGAGGACAACAGCCAGCCAGGCAGGGGACAAGGAUAAGAACCCAAUGGAGAAG